AUGGGUAUGUAUGAGGUUAAUUCAGACAUUAAGACGACUAUGAAAUAUAUUAAAAAAUAGGUUAAGGGAAAUAUUCAGAAGUAUUUAAAGGUGUUUCAGUUAUAACUCAUCAAAAUGUUAUUAUCAAAGUUUUAAAGCCAAAUGUACAAAAGAAAAUAAAUAGAGAAAUAUUAAUACUAAAAAAUUUAUAGAAUCAUCCUUUAGUAACUGAAUUAAUAGAUGUAGUUUAAGAUUAAAGCAGUUUAAGAUAAUCUUUAAUUUUUAAACAAUAAAAUUGGAUUAAUUUGAAAGAAGUUCGAAAUUAUGAAUCAUUGAAACCUAUAAAAUUUUUAUUAAAAUGUGUUUUAGAAGUUUUAGAUUAUGCUCAUUCAAAAGGAAUAUUUCAUCGUGAUAUCAAACCUCAUAAUAUUAUAACUAAUAAUGAAUUUUGUUGUAAAGAAUAAUAAUUAAAUAAUUAGAUUUUAAAUUAUUAGAUUGGGGAUUAGCAGAAUUUUAUCAUCCAUAUAAAGAAUAUAAUACAAGAGUGGCAUCAAGAUAUUUUAAAUCUCCAGAGAUUUUACUUGAUAUUAGAUAAUAUCAUCAUUCAAUAGAUUCUUGGGGAGUUGGUUGUUUAAUGGCUGGUAUGAUUUUUAAGAAAGAACCUUUUUUUGCAGGUAUUAACAAUGAUGAUCAAUUAUUAAAGAUUGUUAAUGUAUUAGGAUCAAAUACUUUGUAUGAAUAUUUAGAUAAAUGGAAAAUCAAUAUGCCUUCAAGAUAUAAAAGUUUUCCUUAUUCAAAUUAAAAAAGAUUUGAAUUAUUUAUUACAAAAGAGAAUGAAUAACUUUGCACACCAGAAGCAAUUGAUUUAUUGAAAUAAUUGCUCAUUUUUGAUCAUUCAGAAAGAAUAUUACCUAAAGAUGCUCUCUAACAUCCAUUUUUUCAAUGAG